UCAAAAUUUCGCGAGUGUUCAGUAUUAAAAUACAAAUUUCAACAUUAGACGAUUCUUUCGCGAUAUCGUUUUCCAAAAAAGAUUCUAGAUUUAAUUUGUUUUAUUGUACAAGAUAUUUUUUUGGCAACAACACAAAUGAUAUUUCAUAAGCAAAUGCAAAUAAUGACAUUUUCUGAUAUAAAUGCAAAAAAGUGGUAAAAAUGAUUUUGCAGUAGUAUAGGAUUCUGAAAUUUAGUAAAAAACUACAACUGUAGUAAAAUUAACAACACUGCUUCACAAACAGUACUGAAAUAUCAAAAUUAGCAUUCGGUUAUCUUAGAACUCAGUCACUGCUUUUCUGAAUUCACAAUAAUAUAAUUAUUAUUCAGCUUGGGCGUUACCUAGGUGUCAAUACAUUUAAAAUAAAUAAUAAGAAAUUUAAAGUUAUUCGUCAGACAUUUCCCGAAGUGAAAAAUCUGGCAAAGUUUAUGAUCAUCUGACAGGUCUUUGAUCCGAAAAAUCAAAUAAAUCUGGUAAUAUGUACCAUCUUGUUUCUAUAUACCUUUAUUUAUAUUUCUCUCUCUUUACUUUUUCAUUAUGCCAAGGUGUAAAUAUUACUCUUCUCUGUGUUUUUUUGCUUUGUUAAAUAUGCAUACAAACGAAUGCAUAUAUAUAUAUAUGAUUGGUGGUGGUAAUAUGAGCAUAAUAAACCUGUAAAGUUGGAAACCAAAGCUUUAUGAACACAUAUACAAAUUCCAUUUUAAAAUUAUUCGACGAAAAAAUUUUUUGAGAGCAUUAGAGAAAAUGUUUUAUUGAAAUAUGGAAGGAAGGACAGAAAAAAUAAAAUUUAUUAAUUUUAAAUUAUUUAAAAAAGAAAAUAAUUAAAUAUAAAAAUUCGAGUAGAAAAAGUUUGAAAAUUUCAAUUCAACCAAGAAAAAAAAACUGAAACUGAAGAAAUUUAAAAUUAAAGCAAAAAAAGGCUAUUUAAAAAUUUUCCAUUUUACUAUUUUUUUAUCAUGAAAAUCAAAAAUUCUAAUUUUUUAUACUAAAGAAGUAAACAAAAUUACUAAAAGGAACAAAAUAAAAAGCAACUUAAUAAUGUCUGAUACAAAUUUAAAAGGCGAAGAAAUGGAAAUACCAGAUGAAGAUCUUGAAGAUGGUGAAAUUGAAUCAGAUGAUGAGCCAAUCUUAGUAAAUGAUAAUAAAAGCGACAUGCCAAUUCCUAAAACUAUUCCAAUAACUUCUUCAAAUGAGAACAAUAGUAAAAAGGAUACUAAUUCACCAAUUAAACAAAUCCCAAUUAUCGAUUUAGUUGACAAUGACAGUAAUCAAAAUACAAAAUCGGCGAAAUUUAAAAAACAAAGUGUUAUUGAAGAUGAUUUCGCUGGAAAUAUUGAAAACGCUAUAGCAGCGGCAUUAAAGAAAGAUGGAAUAGAACCACCCCCAAUGCCGAAAAUCCUAGAAAAACGUAAUAAAGAAGAUGAAAACGAAAAAGUUUGUGCUAAUAGCAGCAAAAGAAAAAGUCGGAAAAGAAAAAAAAAAGAAGCCGAAAAAGAAAAAGCCGUGGACGGUAACAAUAUAAAGCGAACACGUCAUAACUCAAUAUCCAAAAAUGAAGAUGACGAUAUUGACGAUGCUCUAAUGUAUGAAAUGUUAGGUAUAAGAGGUGGUAGUCCACCACCAGUAUCAGCAACGGGAGUUGCUGGUGGACCAUCAUCAAACGCUUUGUCAAUUAUGUCAUCAUAUUUUUCUGAUGAUUCAUAUUCCUCAUAUGAUUCUUAUGAUUCUGAUAUUGAAUAUCGUAAGAAAGGAGAACGUAUGGGUAGAUUUGGCAAAAAAAAUCGGAAAGAUCAUAAAAAUAAUCGCGAUCGUAGUAGAGAUAGGGGAAGAGAUAAAGAAAAAUCAAGUCGUAGGAAAAAUCGUAAUACAAGUGAUGAUGGCGGUGAUGAACCAAUGAGUAGAAUGAUCUGUAUAGCAUAUUUAAGAGGGCAAUGUCAAAAUGAUGAUUGUCCAAAAAAACAUGAAGGAAGGCCUGAACGUAAAUUGGAAUUAUGUAAAUUUUAUUUGAAAGAAUGCUGUGCUAAAAAAGAAAAAUGUUUAUAUAUGCAUGCUGAUUUUCCAUGUAAAUAUUACUAUUUGGGUAUGGAAUGCAUAUAUAAAAAGGAAUGUAAAUAUAUGCAUGGUGAACCAUUAUCGGAAGCUUUACGUAACAUAUUAUUAAAGCACAUUGAAACAGCACCCAAGGAAAUUUUAGGUACAUUUCGUCGCAUAAGUCGUGAUUAUGCUAUUCAGUUAUUGAAUAAACAACAUUCAAUAUUAUGUAAAAAAUAUAAUAUUGAAAAUACAUAUGCACAAACUUUACCCACUCAAUCGCAACCAAUUAACGUUUUAUCAAAUGCGAAUAAUAAUAGUAAAUCAUUAUUAGGAAAUCCACCAACUUCAUUAAAUAAUUUAUUAAAUGAAUCAAAUAAUAUUGUAUCAAAUGCAGUAAUUUCCAAUAUACAAUCAAAUACAUUACCAAAUAUGACAACAACAUCUGGUAUACCAUCAUUGUUAGAUAUGAUCAUACCAUCACCUACAGGCUAUGAAAAUGAUAUAAAUUCAAAUAAUAGUAUUCUAAAACUAAGUGGAAAUUGUGGUUUAGUGCUGGAAAAUAAACCAAGGAAAUCCCGUUGGACUGAUACAAAUAAUACUCAGCAUCAACAGGAACUUCAACAACAACAACAUUCGCAGCAAUCAAUAAGUAAUAAAAAUGAUGGUAAAAAUGAGAUUUCUGACGUACCAAAUUUUUUGAAAUUGCAAUAUUUAAAUGGUAUUUUACGUCAAGAUCAAAUAGAAAAAUUGAUUCAAUUAGGAGUUGAAACAUUAGAGCAAUUAACAACAUUAAGUUUAAUGCAACUAAAUCUUGUUGGAUUAACUGUAAACCAAUUAAAUGAAAUACAGUUAAAUACAAUGAAUUUAGAAAAAUUGGGUAUAUUUAAAAUGGAUGCAUCAAAGACACCAGCUAAGUUAAACUUAGACAAUGUAACAUCAAAGGAGUUUAGUAAUAUUAAUAAUAAUAACAAUAAUAAUAAUAAUAAUAAUAAUAAUAAUAAUAAUAAUAAUAAUAAUAAAAAUAAUAUUAACAAUAAUAAUAAUAAUAAUAAUAAUAAUAAUAAUAAUAGUAAUAACACCAAUAGUAAUAAUGAUAAUAUUAACAAUAACGGUAAUAAAAAUAGUAAUACCGAUAAUAACAGUAAUAAUAUAAGCAAUGAUAAUAGUAAUAGUGAUAGUAGCUGUUUAAAAGAUACAAAUUCUGAAAAAGAAUCCAGUGGAACACCAUUUAUAAUUCAUGCGAUGAAAGCAUCAACAAAUGACAUUGAUAUGCGUGUGCUACCGACUGGUGUUGUAAUAUCUAACAAAGUUAAUGAACAAGAUAAGCUAAAAUCCACUGAAAAAGAUAGUAUAGCUUGUAUAGCUUCACCAGAACCACAAUUUAUUGAUCGUCAUUUAUCUUCACUGAAAAAUAUGAUAGAACAUAAAAAAAGUGAACGUAAUGCUAUUAAUGCAGUUGAUUAUUCACAAUAUUUAAAAGAUUCAAAUAUUGAUAAUGAUAAGUUGGAUAUAAUUGACGAUGAAAAGGAUGAUGAUCAAAAACUUAUAAUUGAAGAAGAUGAUGAUCAAUUAAAAAUUGAUGAAUCUGCUUUUGAUAUGGAUAAUGAAAAAUCAAAUACCAGUGAUGAAGAAGGCAGAACAACUCCAGUUGGUGAAAAUACUUUUGAUGAUAACUCAAAUUCUUCAUCAAAACUGUUACCACCAAUUAUACCACCUAUGUUUGAUCAAAUCAAAAGUAAAAAAGUAAUCGAUCUUAGUUCAACUGUUUCAAAUAUGCUAAAAGCUCAAGCUGUGGCAUCAAAAAAUUUAGUUUCAGAUACAAAUAAACUUAAUUCACCUGUUAUGCCAUUAUAUUUUCUGUCAAACAAUUCAUCAAAUAUAGAUAAUGCUGAAAAGGAAAAUGAGAAAAUUGUAGAUAUAAGUAAAGAAAUUGAAAGCAAGUUCAAUUUGAAUUUUGAGUUGAAAUCAAAAAAUAAUACUAAUUUAUUGUCAGUUAAUAAUUUUUACGGCAGUAUUGAAGCCAAAAAUUUGGAUAAAAAUCAUGAAUUGAACAAAAAUAAUAAAUUACAAUUUCAAGAUCCAAGAAAAAAUUCAAAUAAAAGCGACAACUACGAGUUACAAAAUUUAUAUUCAAAAUCAUUUAAACGUAGUCCAUCACCAAUCAAAUCACCACAAUACAAGGAACCAACAAUGUAUGACCGUCCAAGUAUAUACGAUGGAUAUUUAAAUGAAAAUGACGAUGAUGAUGAUGAAAACGAUGAGAUUGGUUUAAAAAAACAAGCGGAUAAAGAUAUGAGAAUGUCUGAAUAUAUAGAUUCAAACGAUUUAGAUUUGAGAUUACCUUUUAAACCUGUGAUGACAAAUUUUACUCCUGCUACAGAAAUUGAUGGCUCAGUUUCCUCUAACAAUCCUAUAAUUUAUAGAGUCGUAGAAAUUGAAAUACCGAAACCAAACUAUAAAGAAAUUCGACGUAAUUGUCCUUCUAAUGAAAAAACUUUAGAUCCACGUUUACGUCGAAUAUUUUGUUUACAAGAUGAACCUAUAUUAGCAAAAUCAUCACAUUUAAAUCAAACAACAGUUUAUGAAUCUGAUUCUGAAUCGUCAAACUCUACAAUACCAUUAAAUGCAACACCUAUCCCAGCAUCAAAUUUGCUACUACAGUCAAAAGAUAAAUCAGAUACAUUUUUAUCAAAUAUAACAACAACAACAUUAGCACGUUUGGAUCCAAGAAAACGUAACAAUGAUAAAAAUACAAUGCAGGCGUCAACAUCAGCCCCAUUAUUAUUAUCUGAUUCAAAUAAUCAAUCUUGUAUAACACAAACGACGGCAAAUUCUCAAGGGAACUCACAGCAAAAUAAUGAUAUAAGAAUGAUAUUACAGAAAUCAAAUUGGUAUAAAAAUUUAAAUUCAAAAUAUAAAAUAAUGAUUAAUCAGCAAUUGGCAAUGGUGUCCACUGAAUUAAAAAAAUUUCAUCAAAACCCGUCGUCAAGUAAGAUAUUUGAUAUAACAUUUAUAAUGCAAAAUCCAACUUUACAACAAAUUUUAACAAAUUUGUGUAUUUAUAUCGAUGAUAGUGGUAUAAUAAGACAAAUUGAUUCUGACAGUGAGUCAAGUGAUAGUGGAAAUUGUAGUAACAUUAAUAAAAUAAAUACUAAUAAUACUAUUAGCAAUAAUAAUAUUAUUAGUAAUUUAAAUAACAAUAGUGCUAAUAACAACAAUAAUAAUAUUAAUAUUAACAAUAAUAAUAAUAAUACGAAUGCUGCUAAUAAUAAUAACAAUAGUACUAAUAAUAAUAAUAGUAAUAAUAAUAAUAAUAAUAAUAAUAGUACUAAUAAUAAUAGUAGCAAUAAUAAUAAUAAUAAUAAUAAUAAUAGUAAUAAUAAUAAUAUCAACAAUAAUCAACCAAGUAGUAUUUUAGGAUAUCCCGGUUUAUUAGAAUACAAUUCCAAUAAUUUAAUAAUUAAUCCUGGAGGACAUCAAAAACCAAAUCAAUUAAUUGGUAUAGGUAAUUUGAUGGACUUACCAAAUAUAGGAAAUAAUUCAAUGGAUUUUCUACGUGGACCACCGCCAUUACAUAAUUUACAACAACAACAACAUCAACAGCAGUUGCAACAAAGAUUUGGCCCAAUACAAGCAGCUCUUAAUAAUCAGUUUCCCGGUGGUCCAGGUGGUGGUAUGGGCCCUAUGGGUAUAGGUCCUGGUGGUAUUAAUCCCAAUAUUAAUCCUAACGGACCAAUGCAUCAUUUUGCCAAUUCACCAGAUAUGAGACCUGGUUUAUUAGGUGUUGCGCCUGGAAUCGGUUUUAAUAAUCAAUUUAUUGGUGGUGGUGGCGUUAGUAAUAAUAAUAAUAAUGGCGGUAUUAUGAAUCAACGUCCGGAUAUUGAUAAUUUAAUACCUUUAUUAUCAAAUGAAAAUUUAUUAGGUAACCAACAAUUCCCUGGUAGUGGUGUUCCAAAUUUAAAUUUUCCAAAUUUUUUCAAUGAUCCUCGUAAUCGUAAUAAUUUAAAUAAAAAUAAUAACAAUAAUAAAAGAUUCAACAAUUUUGGUAUGAAUAAUAAUAAUAAUAAUAAUAAUAAUAAUAAUAAUAAUAAUAUGAAUAAUAAUAAUAGAGAUCGCAGAAAUUUCAAUGAUAAUCGUAUUAAUCGAGAUAACAGAAAUCGUGAUAAAAGAAAAAUUUAAAAACAAAAAUACUAAAAAAAUUAUCAGAAACAAACAUAAAUAAGAAUAAUAUUGUGGCGGUUUUUGUUUUCUUUCUUUUGUCUUAAUAGAAAAACAAAAACUGAAAGUCGGAACAAAAGUAUGAAGAUUAAAAAAAAUAAGUGUAACGAUUGAAAAUAAAAAAUCAUGUAUAAAUAUAAUUGAUGUUUAACAUUUACUUUUAAUAAAGCUAAAAAUGAAAUAUAAAAUUACUUCCAAUAAAAUGUAAUUAAUAGGUAAAAAAAUCAUGAAAAUGUAAUGAAUAAAUAAACUGGAUUUUAUCGUUAUUGAACUCCAAUAUGUCUUUCCACAAAUAAAACAUACAUAACUGUUUUUUUUUGUAGCAUUUUAUUGGUUCAACUUACUUAAAUACUUUUAAAAUUUAAGGUUCAGGAAAUUUUAUUGAUUUUCUGGACACAAAAAAAAAAGAUAAGAAGAGGUCAAUAAUCUUGCAUUUAACAUACUAUCACUUUCUUGAUAAUACAUAAUUUGUAAUAAGUGAAUUUCAACAACAUUUAAACUAAUUACACUUAUGCAUUAUAAUUAUUAUUGGUAUUACUUAUCCAUUAUAAUUAUUUAUUACAUAUUUAAAAAAAAUUAAUAUAAUAAAUAACAGAUUAUGUUAAAAUUUAAAAGAAAAUUGUAAUUAUACCUUUGAUUUAUUAAAAUCAAAAAGACAUCCAAGAGGAAUAUGAAUAUUGUGAAGAUCGGAAAGCAUAUUUUCAGCUUUCUUUCACCAAAAUUUGAAUAUCGUUUUCUUUUCAUAUUAUAGUUUAAAGAUUUUUAUUAUAAUGUGUAUAAUUAUACGUUAUCCACGUAAUUUAUUUUAUUUCGCUUCCAAUUAAAAUUUUUCUUUUUUGUCAAUCGAAAGUAAUUAUAAAAAAAAGUUUUUUUAUUAAUUGCAAAUAAUUGAUGCUAAAAAAAAAAACUUUAAUUAAUUUUUUAAUCACAAAAAAAUUUGUUGUUGAAUUUACUUUAAGUGGUUGUCUAUGUU